UAUAGGUACUGAUAUGAAAACUAAUAUCCUCUUCGGUCUCCCCACUCCCAGUCAGCCCAACGGGAACCCGCCAUUCCCCGCUUUUUACAUCUAAACCUUCAACACAGUCAUUAAUGGCGCUUAAAACCCUCUCGACGAUUCUAUCUCCUCUCUCUUUCCCCUACAAUCCCACCCUUUUUAGUUCGAAGCUUCCUAAACUCCACUCUAAACCUUCUCUCGUGCUCUGUAGAUUAUCGCAGCCACAGCAGGGCUACAAUCACUCACCCAUUUCUAAGGUCAAUUUAUCGGACCCUACGCCCAUACCGGACGGAACCGGGGCGGCCGCCCCGACACCGGGAGACCGCUUCCUAGAAAGACAUCGUUCAAUUGAGGCUGCGAAGCUUAUUAAAAAAGAGAAUAAGAAGAAGAAGAAAGACAAGCCAUUUAAAGUCUCUACUGCCGUGGCUUCUUGUUAUGGCUGUGGAGCUCCGUUACAGACUUCGGAGCUUGAUGCUCCGGGUUAUGUAGAUGCAGAUACAUAUGCACUGAAGAAGAAACACCGCCAGCUUAGAAGUGUUCUCUGUGGAAGGUGUAAGCUUCUGUCCCAUGGACACAUGAUAACUGCUGUUGGGGGAAAUGGAGGUUAUUCUGGCGGGAAACAGUUCAUCACAGCUGAUCAGCUCCGAGAGAAGUUAUCCCACUUGCGUUAUGAGAAAGCACUGAUUGUUAAAUUGGUUGAUAUCGUGGACUUCAAUGGUAGCUUUUUGGCUCAUGUUCGUGAUUUAGCUGGUGCAAAUCCUAUUAUACUAGUUGUUACAAAGAUUGAUCUCCUUCCGAAAGGGACCAAUUUAAACUGCCUUGGUGAUUGGGUUGUAGAGGCUACUACAAAGAGGAAGCUUAAUGUUUUAAGUGUUCAUCUUACAAGUUCAAAGUCUUUGGUUGGGAUAACUGGAGUAGCAUCAGAAAUUCAAAGGGAGAAGAAGGGUCGAGAUGUUUACAUUCUGGGUGCCGCUAACGUUGGGAAAUCAGCAUUUAUCACUGCUUUGCUGAAAUUGAUGGCGGAAAAGGACCCAGUUGCUGCAGCUGCACAAAAAUAUAAACCAAUACAGUCUGCAGUUCCUGGAACCACAUUAGGUCCCAUUCAAAUUAAUGCUUUCCUAAGUGGCGGGAAGUUAUACGACACACCUGGAGUUCAUCUCCACCAUAGACAAGCAGCAGUGGUUCAUUCAGAAGAUUUGCCAGUCCUUGCUCCUCGGAGUCGAAUCAGGGGUCAAAUAUUUCCUGUAAGUUUAAUUUUUGUACUGCUUUGGCUUCCUAAGCUCUUUUCAGUAAACUUCUUGGUUCUUAUUUAUCAUAAUUAUCAGGUUCAAUCAGAAAAUGGUACUGCAGGGAACAAUAUGGCCAACCUCUUGAACGGUCAAUCAUUAUUUUGGGGAGGUCUUGUCAGAAUAGACAUAUUAAAGGUUCUUCCAGAAACACGCUUAAUAUUUUAUGGACCCAAGAUUCUUCAGAUUCACGCAGUACCUACUGACGAGGCAGAUGAAUUUUACCAGAAAGAAGUUGGAGGUCUACUGACACCUCCAACAGGAGAACGAGUAGAAGAAUGGCGAGGACUCGAAAUAGUGCGUGAACUACGAUUAAAUUUUGAAGGCGUAGAAAGGCCUGCUUGUGAUGUUGCUAUAUCAGGCCUAGGAUGGUUUAGGUUGGAGCCUAAGAGCCAAGUGGUAAGCAAUUCAGAUUCAAGCUCAGGAGAAACCUCAGGCGAACUUCGUAUAGUAGUCCAUGUGCCGAGACCGGUGGAGAUAUUUGUGAGGCCCCCAUUGCCUGUUGGGAAGUCUGGUGAAGAUUGGUACCAGUACCGGGAGUUGACAGAGAAAGAGGCAGAAGCAAGACCAAAGUGGAAUUUUUGAUGAUUGGUGAGUCGUGUUUCACAUGUGUGUGUGUGUGUGUAUAUAUACCCUGCAAUUCAUUCUGUGGAAAAAGUUAUCGACCUUGAGGUCUUUUGAGUUUUUGAAGAUAGUUAUUAUUGCGGAAUAACAACUAUUGUUUUGUCGAUAACAAAGAUUUUUAAUUGCGUCUGUAUAUAUACAUAUUAUGUACUAAUUAUUGAUUGUAUAUUUUAACCAAGUAUUUUCUGUACUGUA